UCCACCACUCAGGCCCCUGCCCAUUCUUCGCCUGCUGCCUACAGCUCGGCUGCCAGCUCCUCCACCUCUUCCUCCAAGGCUGCUGCCUCGUCGCCUGCUGCCUCCAACGGCAGUGGUCCUCAGGGCUACGGUAUCGUCUACUCCCCUUACACCGACGGCGGUGACUGCAAGUCCCAGGACCAGGUCAACAGCGACUUUGAAAAGAUCAUGUCCUACGCUUCGGCCAACGGCGACAGCUAUGACUUCGUCCGUCUCUACGGUGCCGACUGCAGCCAGAUCUCGCUUGUUCUGCCCUCUUGCGAAAAGUAUGACCUGCAGAUCUUUGCUGGUCUCUUCAACAUUCAGGGUCCCAGUUACACCAAGGAGAUCUCGGAUCUCAUCGACCAAGCCAAGGACAACUGGUCCAGAAUCAACACCAUCUCCAUUGGUAACGAAAUUGUCAACGGCGGAACAGUCGCUGCCGACGCCGUAGCCGGUAUCGUCUCAGGAGCCAGAGCUACUCUUAACGCCGCUGGUUACUCUGGCAAGAUUGUCGCUGUCGACACUGCUGUUGCCAUGGUUGCUAACGCCAAGGCCCUUUGCGAUGUCUCCGACUACAUUGCCGUCAACGCUCACCCCUUCUUUGACGGCAACGUCGCCGCUGAAAACAGUGGUGACUGGCUCCUAAACACGAUGGAGGAGGUUUCCAGCGCCUGCGGUGGCAAGCAUGUCGUAAUCAGCGAGACUGGCUGGCCCACUCAGGGCAACACCAACGGCAAGGCUGUUCCCAGUGUUCAGAACCAGAAGGCUGCCCUCUCCUCCAUGAAGUCUUCCGUCUCUUCCAACGUCAUCUGGUUCACCGCCUUCAACGACAUGUGGAAGAAGAACAGCGCUGCUACCUUCAACGCCGAGCAGUACUGGGGUAUGUGCAACAAUUAA